AUGGCUUCGUUCAUGACAUGUCGUACUGUUGCACGCGCCUCGGCGCGUUAUAAUGUAUCGCGGAUGCUCACAACCGCGUCGCAGGCCCCAAUAGCCUCAUCAUCGUCGAGCACGUCUUCUUCUCCAUCGCAGUCAUCACCUUCAUCUUCACAAGAGUCUUCCUCCACCGAGGCAGGCGCUCCGAUUACUCACUUCAAAAUCACACUCCGACGGUCUGCAAUUUCGCUCGGGGACAAAAUCAAGGGCACCCUGAAAGCCCUAGGAAUCCACAGGCGCUUCCAAACUGUCUACUUUCCCCAUUCACCGGAAGUGGCAGGCAAAAUUCUACGUGUGAAGGAGCUAGUGGAAGUCGAGAACGUGCCUACUCAUCUUGUGAAGACCAAGCAGCAGCAGAGGCAAGAGCGGAAGGCACCGAGAGGAUACAAGGUCGUUGGAUCGAAGCGGGACUCUUUUAUGAAGGUCUAG